AUGCGUUACGACGAUUGGGAUGUGCUCCUCUUCCCCUCUGGCCGCGAUGGUCGAGUCCCACUGAAGGAGUUCAAAGUUAACUGCCAUGUCACUCCUGAUAAAGAGUUCUCCCACAAUCGGGGUGCCUAUGGUCUGCCUGUCAUGACCUGCUUCGCACCCUCUCUUGAGUCGGGAUCCCACUUCCACAUCUCUAUUCACUGCUGGGGGACGCCUCAGAUCAGCCAGUAUGCUCUAAACUACAGCAAACACCCCGAGCUGGUCAAAUUUGAGGCUCGUAUUUUGAUUGACGGCCGCAUGGUGGCAUCGACAUCCUUCGAGCCUCUUGGACAAUGGCCACACUUGAUCACGACCACAUGCGAAAUGUCCAAGAAAGGCGAGCUCGAACCACUCAAGUUUCCCUCGUUCCGUCGUGAAUUGCUCUACCAGAACCACUGGAAUCCUGCAGACGAUAUUGGACGUGUCAAGAUCAUUAUAAGCGAAGGCUUCCCCAGGGACUCGCCUUCUAAUCCCAUAGAACGAAUCAAGAAUGUUGUGGUCUUCGCUUUCCAGCAUGCCCCCUUGGACAUCCUCGAGAAUAACGGUAUUGCCUGGCCCAACCCUCAGAUGUGGCGCCGUCCUCAGAACAAUCCGGGGAUUCCCGUGCCGACCUACCAUCCCGACGACGGUGCCGACUCCCACUUGCACUCUCCACGACGUCGGUCCUAUAUUGGCCGAAAUACAGCAGGCUCAGGUCCAGCAGCAACUGGUUAUGAGGGUUCUUUAACAGCAGAGACUGCAACUGCCUUCAACCCUGCUGCCUUUUCGCAGGCCCUCUUACCAACCGGCCAAAAGAGCUCUGGGUCUUCGAGUUCUGGCUUCUUCAUGGAGCCCUUCAGCGAGGCUGCCUACCAGGAAUUGGUGGGCUCUCUGGGACUACCCAAUCAGCAACAGACUGUUGAGCCAAAGGCGAUCUGGCCUGGCGCCACGGCUCGGAGCAGCACCAAGCAUAGCGAACAGCAUGCUAAUAUGCCAUACAUAUCGGACUAUUUGUCUUCUACCAUUCAUACAGAGGCUCUACAGGUGCCUACAAACACCCCCACCGCCUUCGUGGGCCAGCUUGAUCACGAUGUUCGCAACAUAGCCGUCUCUAGCGACCUGGCAACCUCUCUCACUUAUUCUCUGCUAAACCAGCCGCACCCACUCGACGGCACCGUACAACCGCAUCAGAUUCCUUUACCAGCAUCGAAUGUUCGAUCCCGUAAAGAGAAUCGGCAUCUGAACAGUACCAGCUCUGUGAACUCGCCGUCCAACUUGUCGCCGUCGAUUGAGGCGCAAAUUCGCAAAUUCUCUCAGACAGGCAAUGCCUUUGACUUUAUCGGCCACGACCGCAACGCCUCUGGAUCAUGUCCAACUUUCAGCCGUCGCACCUCUGCCGGUGAGUUCGGUGUCAAUCUCACGAACCAGGCCACGCCCAAUCAGGCUUAUGCCGGAUUCGCUACACCUGCAAAUGCAUCUGGAAGCGGCAGUGAGAAAGGCACAAAGCGGGGUCGCAACUUCACCCCUGCGAGCGCAAGGGCGAUUGAUGAGGAGGAUGAGCCUCGUCGAGUCAGUCCAAGAAUGCGCCUCACUACUGCAACUUCCACAAAGACCGAGGGGCCGAUCCAGAUUGACGAGUAG